AUGAACAAUCUCAAGCUUGGUGUUGAAGUUAUUGGUGCUCAUGACCUUGUGGCCAAAGAUGGACAAGGUUCAUCUACUACUUUUGUAGAACUUCAAUUUGAUGAUCAGAAAUUCCGUACCACGACUAAAUAUAAAGAUCUUAGUCCGAUUUGGAAUGAGAUUUUUUAUUUCAACAUCACAGAUCCAAGCAUGUUACCAAGUCUCAAUCUUGAUGCUUGCAUCUACCACUUUAACAACAAAAACAAUGGCUCCAAAACUCCGAUUGGUAAGGUUAGGCUCACCGGAACCUCGUUUGUUUCGUAUUCGGAUGCUGUUGUAUUACACUAUCCUCUUGAAAAGAAAGGCUUUUUUUCGGGCACGAAAGGUGAACUUGGUUUGAAAGUGUUUGUUACAGCCGACCCUUCUUUAAGAGCCUCAAACCCUCUUCCUGCUAUGCAAGAACCGAUAUUCGACGGAUUCAUUAAUAAUACAGAUGAAAAUGUUACGCAAGAUCAAAUACCGGUACCAGCUUCGUUUACGAGUCAAAUCCUCAACAAUGUGUUAAGAAAGAAAAAUGAGUCAGUGCACACAUUUCACAACCUUCCUAAGUCAAAUGAUGGAAAGGAAAAGAAAUCAUCAAGUGUGACAUUUGGGAUGCAAGAGAUGAAAUCGGGACAGUCUGCUCCGAAAACUGUUAAAGCAUUUACAGGCACUGCGAUGGACUAUGUACUGAAAGAGACUAGCCCUUCUCUUGGAGGUGGAAAAGUUGUUGGUGGAAGAGUUAUUCGCGGGAGUAAUAAGCUUCCUAGCAGCACCUAUGACCUUGUGGAACCAAUGGAAUACCUUUUCGCCCGAGUUGUGAAAGCUCGCGACCUUCCGAGGAUGGAUUUGACAGGUAGCCUUGAUCCCUAUGUGGUGGUGAAGGUUGGAAACUACAAAGGAACUACAACUCACUUUGAGAAAAACCAAAGUCCUGAAUGGAACCAGGUGUUUGCAUUUGCCAAGGACAAUCAACAAGCAACUACUCUUGAAGUUAUUGUCAAAGACAAGGACACAAUACAUGAUGAUCUUGUUGGAACUGUGAGGUUUGAUCUGUAUGAUGUUCCUAUACGUGUUCCGCCGAACAGUCCUUUGGCUCCUCAAUGGUAUAGGAUUGUGAACAAAAACGGCGAAAUGAUGAAUAAUGGAGAGAUAAUGCUUGCUGUCUGGCAUGGCACACAAGCUGAUGAGGCUUUUCCUGAUGCUUGGCAUUCUGAUGCAAUGUCCCCCACUGGAAGCUUUUCAGCUAACUAUGCUCAGAUUCGGUCUAAAGUCUACACCUCGCCGAGAUUGUGGUACCUGCGCGUGAAAGUGAUCGAGGCACAAGACUUGGUUUCACCCGACGAUAAGUCUAAAGCCGUGGAUGCUUAUGUUAAGGUGCAACAUGGUAACCAGGUUUUCAAGACAAAAACGGUUCAAUCAAGGGCCAAUAACCCUCAGUGGGAUCAAAGUACGCUGUUUGUCGCUGCUGAGCCUUUUGAAGAACCGUUGAUCAUAACAGUCGAAGACAAGAACGAGAUUAUUGGCAGUAUUGUUAUUCCUCUUGGGUCAGUGGAAAAGCGCGCUGACGACCGAUCUAUCCGUAGCAGGUGGUAUCCACUUGCAAGGUCCAUGUCAUCAGCAAUGGAAGAGGGAGAGAAGAAAAUGAAGGACAAGGAAAGAAACAGGUUCGCGAGUCGAAUUCAUGUUAGCGUCUUUCUUGAUGGUGGUUACCAUGUGCUUGAUGAAUCAACUUAUUAUAGCAGUGAUCUUAGGCCUACUUCAAGACAACUUUGGAAGAAACCAAUUGGUGUAUUGGAACUGGGAAUUUUGAAUGCUGAUGUUCAACCAACCAAAACUAGAGAUGGAAGAGGGGUAUCAGAUGUAUACUGUGUGGCGAAAUAUGGUCACAAAUGGGUGCGAACUCGAACUGUCGUCGGCAGUCUAAACCCGAAGUUCAAUGAGCAGUACACUUGGGAAGUUCAUGAUCCAUCCACAGUUCUCACCCUUGGUGUGUUUGACAAUGGACAACUUAAUGACUCCGAUGACAGCAAAGAUUCAAAGAUCGGUAAGGUUCGGAUAAGGCUCUCAACGUUGGAAACCGGUCGUAUUUACACACAUUCUUAUCCAUUGUUGUCACUGCAAAGCUCCGGUCUUAAAAAAAUGGGUGAAGUUCAUUUAGCCAUCCGUUUCUCGUGUACCUCAAUGACCAACAUGAUUAAUCUGUAUUUCAAACCGCAUUUGCCAAAGAUGCACUACACAAAACCUCUCAACAUUUUCGAACAAGAGAAGAUGAAACUCCAGGCUAUGAUCAUUGUUGUAGCUAGACUUAGCAGAACAGAACCACCUCUUAGAAAAGAAGUAGUUGAGUACAUGUCUGAUACAGACUCUCAUCUAUGGAGCAUGAGACGAAGCAAGGCGAACAUAAACCGUCUGAAAUCAGUUUUCUCGGGACUAAUAUCAGUUGGAAGUUGGUUAAUGGAAAUCUCAACAUGGAAAAAUUCUGUCACAACAGUAUUAGUCCACAUUCUCUACAUGAUGCUUGUUUGUUUCCCACAACUCAUUCUACCAACCAUGUUUCUCUACAUGUUCAUAAUAGGCCUAUGGAAAUGGAGGUUUCGACCGAGGUACCCUCCACACAUGGACACAAAACUUUCUUGUACCGACGUAACAAAUCCAGACGAAUUCGACGAAGAGUUUGAUCUGUUUCCAACAAAGAAAAGCCAGGAUAUAGUCCGUUGGAGGUACGAUCGGUUGAGAAUUUUGGCGGGAAAGGUUCAAAGUGUUGUUGGAGACAUAGCAACACAAGGUGAGAGGCUACAUGCAUUGUUAAACUGGAGGGAUCCUCGCGCAACAACUAUAUUCAUGUUGUUUUGUUUUGUGGCUGCAAUUGUAUUGUAUGUAACACCUUCUCAGUUACUGUUUCUUUCGGUUGGAUUUUAUCUUAUGAGGCACCCAAAGUUAAGAGGUAAGUUACCACCUGCACCAGUUAAUUUCUUCAGAAGGUUGCCUGCUCUUACUGAUAGUAUGUUGUAA